CACACACAUACAUAGUACACACUACACACUACAUACUACAUACUAAAUACUACACAAUUGUUGUAGAAAUAAAGAGAUAAUCUUCAUUGUAUACUUUUUUUCACAUUCGCAUACAUACUGUCGAUACUACUACUACUAUAAUAAUUUCUAGACUAAAAUAACAGCAAAAAUGAACUUUUCACCUUACAAACCAUCUCCCGACGAAGAUAGGAAUAACCGUUUAAGAGAAGAACGACAAAAGCAGAAACAACCAAAGGGAAAGGCAAAGCAGACUGACACAUCACCGUACAGCUCAUAUCAAUCAGGGAAGCCUAAUUACCCUGGCCCAUCACCAUCAUCGUUGGAAGAAGGAUUAUUUUCAGAAACAGACAAUCUAGGAGGUUCGCGAGGUCCACCAACAGGGACACUACGAGUAAACAAGUACGAGACCAGUCUGCCUAUUAGGGUUGAUAUUGAAGCAGCCUUGGCUUAUGUUCUCGGGCCAGUAACAGGGUUGUUGUUUCUUGUGCUUGAGAGACAAAAUGAUUAUGUCAGGUUUCAUGCAUGGCAGUCAUCGAUGGUAUUCUUGGCUUUGAUGUGUGCACAUUUUGUCCUGAUGUUUAUUUCCAAUUUCCUCUCUUGGACAUUAUUCAUUUUUGAUAUCGGUUUACUUGUCUGGUUAACAUAUCGAGCCUAUCUCGAUGGUGCUUCAUUAGAGAGAUACGAGUUUCCUUACUUCGGUCCUAUUGCAUCUGAAUAUGUAGAUUCUGAAUAAAGUAAUAAAAGUAAAAUAACAGUAAAAUGAUCCUUAAGAAAUAGAUAUUCCAGAAUACACAAAUAUAUGCAUACAUUAAUAU